UAAUAGAAGUCGUACGCUAUCAUCAAAUUUUGAAUAUCUGUUUUGGUGAUCGCAUUCCCCGAAUGUUUUUCCUGACUCAUUAUUUUUGGGAACGCUUGCAUCCAUCAUUUUCAUUUCAAAUAAACCAAGCUGGAUGAGAACGAGAUGUCUUGGACAAUUUUUGAACAAAUUUAUUAAAAUAGUACAUGAUUGUUCACUAUACAGAUAUAAUGGGUGGGUGGUAGAUAAAAAUUCGAAAGAAUUAAGUUGAAAGUUUAUUUAACUUGAAGUUGUUUUCGAAGAGGUUGCCAAAUUUAUGGCUGGAUAAAUUUUAGGCUUACGAUGGCAGACAACCCAACAUUCAUACCGGACGAGAGAACAAUAGAGCCAGAACUACACGUGGCAAACAAUGUAGUACGUCCUUCACAACAACAAAACAGAGGAGGAAAACUACCAGCCAAAAUCCUCGACAACAACAAAGAAAAUGGCACGCGUUCUCAAUAUCCUGACGAGAUCACGUCUGUGACGAUUGAGGACACAAGUGUUCGUGACGAUGCACAUGAUCAGGCGCCGAAUGGUCAGGUCACUGAAGAUGCAGACUCUAAUGGUCAGGUCAUUGACGAUGCAGACUACGUACCUGAACCUCUCCUCUAUUCGAUCGAGGAUAGCCCGCCGUGGUAUCUAUCCCUGUGUCUCGGCUUUCAGCACUACCUCACGAUGGUGGGAGGCACCGUGACCAUCCCCUAUCUGUUGACCCCGGCGCUGUGCAUCUUGCCUCACGACCCAGCCCGAGGCUACAUUCUCUCCACCAUCUUUUUCGUGUCCGGGAUCGUCACUCUCCUGCAGUCAACUUUCGGCACAAGACUGCCGAUAGUACAAGGAGGUUCCUUUGCUUUCUUCGCGCCGACCUUCGCGAUCCUUCAUUCGAGUUUCGCGUCCUGCACGAGCGUCAACAUGACGUCACUGACCCUGGAGGAGCAGCAGGAAGAAUGGCAGAUGCGCAUGAGAGAAAUACAGGGCGCGAUCAUGGUCUCGUCUCUGUUUCAAAUAAUCAUCGGAUUUACAGGUUUCAAAAUGAAUUUAUUCCUACACUUCGGCACCCAAUCAUAAUAUGAUUCGUUCAUCACACCCCUGGCGAUCGUGCCAACCGUUUCACUCAUCGGUCUCUCCCUCUUUGAAGUGGCCGUGGACAAAGCUUCCAAACACUGGGGCAUUGCUGUCUUGACCAUCGUACUAAUGGUUCUAUUCUCGCAAUAUCUACGCGACGUCGGCAUUCCUUUUCCAGCCUGCAGUAGAAAAGGCAUCUACUUCAAUAACAUCAGGAUAUUUGGACUGUUUCCUGUGCUCAUUGCAAUUCUGUUGUCAUGGGCGUUUUGCGGCAUCCUUACAGCCACCGGAGCCCUGUCCGAAGACUCGGCCGCUCGAACAGACAAGGCCUCGGAGCUGAUCGCCAACAGCCCCUGGAUCCGCAUCCCCUACCCCGGACAGUGGGGGACUCCCACCGUGUCCGCUGCAGGAGCCUUCGGGAUGCUGGCUGCAGUCCUGGCGUCCAUCUUGGAAAGCACCGGCGACUAUUAUGCUUGUGCCAGACUUUCAGGAGCCCCACCACCUCCACGGCACGCCCUCAACCGGGGCAUCGGCAUCGAAGGCAUCGGCUGCCUCCUGUCAGGAGCCUUCGGUACCGGCAACGGGACCACCUCCUACAGCGAGAACAUCGGCGCGAUAGGCCUCACUAAGGUCGGAAGUCGACGGGUGAUCCAAUUCGGCGGAGCAAUCAUGAUCGUGGUGGGAAUAUUAGGGAAAUUUUCGGCUGCGAUCGUGACAAUUCCAGAGCCCGUAGUGGGCGGCAUCUUCUGCGUGAUGUUCGCCAUGAUCUCCGCGGUGGGACUCUCCGCCCUCCAGGGCGUCAACUUGAACUCGUCCAGAAAUCUUUUUGUCCUGGGCUUCCCGCUGUUUUUCGGGCUGGCGCUUCCCAAGUGGCUUGAGGAGAAUCCCGACGCCAUACACUCGGAGACUGUGCCGCAGCUGACGCAGGUUGUCGCGGUUUUGCUCAAGACUUCCAUGUUCGUGGGGGGAUUCUUGGGCGUCUUCCUGGAUAACACUAUCCCAGGCAGCGACAAGGAGCGAGGUUUGGAGCAGUGGAAGGCUGACCUGAAGGCUUCAGAAGGUGAAAGCACGGACGCCACAACCCGAACUUACGACCUCCCCUUCUGCAUGCCUCUCAUUAGAAGAAUACCUUUCCUGGAGAAAGUGCCCUUCAGCCCCACGUUCAAGAAGUGGACUUUCAAGAAGAGCUCGUGACGCCGCGCGAGUGCCACUUACAAGUCCAGUCUACACUCAAACAAAUAAGAGAGACUUUGUCCUUUUUGCGAAGUACUUUUGGCCCUUGAUUGUUUCCCCCCUGACGCAGUUUGGCCCAGCAAAAUGACGUAUCUGUGCUACGUUCGUUCUCUGUUCCUGCUGUCGCUACUUGGACGAUGUUAUCCAUUCAUUUUUCUCAGGGUUUAUUUUGGUAUCAUUUAAUUAAAUAACCGAUUACUAAUUCACUUUUUUAACCAAAAUAGUUUAUUCGUUGCUUAAUGAGCCUGAAAGAAACGGAUGUCUUAUGAGGAUUUCCAGCACUGAAAAUUUGUGACAGGAGCUAUGGAAU